AUGACAUUCCCACCGAGCCCAGAUGUAGCAUCUGAACCUAUUGCGGUGACUGAAGAGAUUCCAGUCUUACAAUCCGAAUCUUCGCCAACUCUCGAACCCGAUACCACACCCGCUGCCCCUACCGAAGAUCAAGCUGAAUCGGUCAAUCCAGUAGAUGUUCAGAGUAGUACGGAUAUAGUUGCUUUUGUAUUUCCAAAUAGGACUGGAAGAUCACCCAAGAAAGUUUAUAUCAAGCUUGAGCUAUUGCAAGGCAUCGAACAUUUCAAAAAAUUGCUUGAAGGCAGUGCAGCUGAGUCAGAGAUCCCAAGCCGCUAUCCUCCAUUUCGCGCCCUAGUCAUAACGAUUACAGAAAUGUUUGGCUCGUUGAUAGGACCAUGGAUGAACAGGGCCAACUGCCGAGCAGAAGCUCUUCUCGCUCGGCUCCCCACCAUUGGUCGAAUCUUCCGGUUUGCCCAGGAAUAUCUGGUGCCGAGUAUGACACGGGUGUUGAUAGGCUUGUUUAAGUUGAUCGGAUCAGGGGUUGAACUGAUCCUUGAGGAAUUAAUUACGCUGGUGGAGAAUAUAAUGAAUCCGAAAGAUCAAGAUCUGAUGUUAGUUAAAAAGAUCUGGAUGAUGACUACUCUUGGUAGGAUUCGAGUAGGUUUGAAAUACAUCUUAGAAUCUUGGAAAGGGCUCAGAGCUUUUUUAUUGAGAUCAGAGGAAUGGGAUGAAGAGGAAGAUAUCGAGUCUUUUUGUGAGGAUAAUGAAGGAUAUGAAAUGACAAAUAAUCGAGAGAUUCAAAGGAUGAUUGUAAUUAAUGACGCUGCAUACUCCACGUAUAAAGCCCUGGCGGACUAUCUGGAGCACCGAACGGUGAACUUUGCGCCUCUGCGGUCCAAGUUUGAGUGUCAAAAAGCAUUGUUAAUCUCCACGGUCGGUCUAGGAAGCUUCCCCCUGAUUAUCGAAGUUAUCUUCACUCACGUUUGA